AUGCAUAGACCAAACCACCCCUACCCCCCACCACCACAUCACCACCACCCUCCACCACCUCACCACCACCCUCCUCCACCACCUUUUGUUAAUGAUCACCACCAUCCACCACCCCCUCUUGUUAAUGAUCACCUUUAUCCACCACCUCCUUUUGUUCAUAAUCACCACCAGCAUCCACCACCACCUCCUCCCUUUCACCGCCAUAAUCCACCACCACCACCUCCACCUCCUCCAGUUGUUCAUCAUCAACCACCGCCACCACCUCCUAUUCAUCACAACACUUUGCCACCAAUUCAUUACCACCACCCUCCUCCUCCUCCACCACCACCACCCCAUCAACCACUAUAUCCGCACCACCACUUUUGA